CAGUUUUGGUGUCGCGCGCGCGGUCGUCGUCUAGAUUUUCAAGGCUAGAGCAAUGAUCCUCGGCUCAGUCGUAAUUCUGCCGUCGUCGCUCGAAGAUGGACCGUAAUAGCUGGAUCUCCUUGUGUCUAUUGGUGAUCGCGACUAUGUCGCAUCAAACAUACGCCAAGAACAUAACCUGCUGGGAACUGCCAUGCCGCCAGAAUCGAUACCACUUUGAUUGUUGCAUUCGGAAGUUGGAGAUCGAUGACGGGACUACGAUAGAGAGUGCCAAUUUUGCAAAGCAGCAGUACAUCCUGUUAGAGGACAGCAACAUCUACACGGUAUCUCCGCAGUUGUUCCAGCUGAUGACCGAUGCCAAAAUGUUGGAGAUCAUCGGAGGAUUCGUUCCAUGGGUGUAUUUGAGGCCUUCGUUAACUAUGCUGACCAUCACCGACAGUCAGACGAAGCAGAUUUUCAUCGACCCGGAGCAGAAGAAGUACCGACUGAUUUGGCUGGAGGUUCGCAACAUCACUAUGAAAGAACUCCCGCAAAAUUUGAACCAACUGCGUGAUCUGGAGCACAUCGGGUUAGUCGACUCCGGGCUAGAGUUUCUGGUAAUGGACCAAUUCGACGGCUUGAACAAGCUGGAAGAGCUCAACCUAUCCGGGAACAACAUCGCUCGAAUCUACGUGAACUUCCCGAUGAGACUGCCAUCGCUCCGGUGUCUCCAGCUGAACGAUAAUCAACUGACCGCGAUCGACCUCAGCUUUUGGCACAUGCCCGAGCUGACGACGUUCGACCUUUCGUCGAAUCAACUCAAGUACAUGGCGCAUUACAAUAGCAAUCAGUUUGACAAGCUGUGCGCCAUUAAGGCCGAGCGGAACAAGUGGAAUUGCAAGUGGCUGGAGGAAUUCCUGCACGCGUGCUUCCACUUCAGGGGCUACGGGUUCAGCGAACAGCAGGUCGAGUGCGACGAGGACGUCGAGUGGCGCGAAAAUUGCUGCUACGGUAAUGAGACGGAUGUCGGGUAUUUGGAGUACCUGAGGGAAAUGCAGCUGAUCUGAUCGUGGCGGAAGAGUAAUGAACUGGGCGUGACCAAACCGUUUUGGGUCUUAAAAUUGUGAAAGUGUUCAUUUUUGGCUUCAAAUUAUUGUAGAAUAAGUUGAAUAAAGGCGACAGAGUAUUGUUGACAUUUUAAGUGUAAA